AUGCGCCCCAACAGCUCCGCGCCCCGUGCCACCGCCUGGCCGCUGUCGGGGCUGGAGGCCGCGCUGCUGGCCCUGGGCCGGGGCAACGGCUCGGGGAACGCCUCGCGGCUCGGGGCCGAGGCGCCCAGCAGCAACCUGGACGUGAACACGGACAUCUACUCCAAGGCGCUGGUGACCGCCGUGUACCUGGCGCUCUUCGUGGUGGGCACAGCCGGCAACGCGGUGACGGCCUUCACGCUGGCUCGCAAGAAGUCGCUGCAGCACCUGCAGAGCACCGUCCACUACCACCUGGGCAGCCUGGCCGCGUCCGACCUGCUCAUCCUGCUGCUGGCCAUGCCCGUGGAGCUGUACAACUUCAUCUGGGUGCACCACCCCUGGGCCUUCGGCGACGCCGGCUGCCGCGGCUACUACUUCCUGCGGGACGCCUGCACCUUCGCCACGGCCCUCAACGUGGCCAGCCUGAGCGUGGAGCGCUACCUGGCCAUCUGCCACCCCUUCAAGGCCAAGACCCUCAUGUCCCGCAGCCGCACCAAGAAGUUCAUCGGCGCCAUCUGGCUGACCUCCGGGCUGCUGGCCCUGCCCAUGCUGUUCGCCAUGGGCCAGCAGAACCGCAGCGCCGACGGCCAGCACCCCGGCGGCCUGGUGUGCACCCCCGUCGUGGGCACCCACACCAUCAAGGUCGUCCUCCAGAUCAACACCUUCACAUCCUUCCUGCUCCCUAUGGUGGCCAUCUCUGUCCUGAACACCAUCAUCGCCAACAAGCUGACCGUCAUGGUCCGCCAGGCAGCGGAGCAGGGCCAGGCGUGCACCAUGGGGGACCAGCCCGGCUCCUUCAGCAUGGCCAUCGAACCCGGCAGGGUCCAGGCCCUGCGGCACGGUGUCCGGGUCCUACGUGCCGUGGUCGUGGCCUUCGUGGUCUGCCUCCUCCCCUACCACGUGCGGCGCCUCAUGUUCUGCUACAUUUCGGAAGAGCACUGGACCCCGUUCCUCUACGACUUCUACCACUACUUCUACAUGCUGACCAACGUGCUCUUCUACGUCAGCUCCACCAUCAACCCCAUCCUGUACAACCUCGUCUCUGCCAACUUCCGCCAGAUCUUCCUGUCCACCCUGGCCUGUCUGUGCCCUGUGUGGGGGCGCGGGAGGAAGAGGCCAGCCUUCCCCAGGAAAACCAACAGCGUGUCCAGCAACCACACGCUCUCCAGCCACGCCACCCGGGAGAGCCUGUACUAG